AAACCGCCAGGUCCGAGCGGGAGGAACCGUUGGCGUCCGGGGGCACGCGCAGUGGCGCGCUGUGAGGUGACUGGCGGGGGGAGCGCGCCGGCUGGGUUGGCGACCCCGGCGUCCGGAGCGCACUGGAUGCGGGAAAGGGGCGGCGGGACUGUGCGGGGACGCGCAGCACUUGGCGAUGGGAGCGCGCGUUCCGUUCGGUCCGACGAGCCGGAGAUGUCGUUGGUGCGGGGCAGCCGCUCGCAGGCGGCGGGCAGAGGCCGCAAGAAGACGGCGGCGGCACCACCGAGGAGAGAGUGGGACAGUACCAUCAGUGACCUGAGCGUGUACCGGGCCAGCCCGGAGGAACUCGCUCGGCGCCGGCACAGCCGCCAGUCCAGGAACCGACGGGUCGGCCUCCACAAGCCCCGCGCCGCUCCCGGGAAGGAGCCGCCGCUGGUCAACGAGCUGCUGCUCGACCGGUGGCAGCUUCAGGACGUGUUGGCCAGGUCUGACCGGGCCUUGGCUCUGGUCCGGGAUCUGUUCGCCGACGGCCCGCGCCUCCACGCUGCUUUCCCCAACGUGACGGCGGCUCCGGGCUGCGCGAAGGCGGCUCUGGUGGCUCCGACCUGGGAGCGGCCUACUCAGCUGUCCCUCCUCAGCGAGUCGGUCAUGGACUCCCAGGCCCUCAACGAGACCGGCAACACGACCCCAGACCGUCCACCGUCCCGGGAUAGUCUGAAAAAGGCAGAUGCUGCAGCCUUCGAGGGUAGCAAUCAUCCCUCCCCGCGGGAGAAACCACCAAAAACUCCGCAGGCUACAUCAGCGUGGUCCAAUACAGACCCCAACCAGACGCCAUGCACACCAGAAUGUGAUUCCUCAGGGAACCACACAAGCUUAAACGCUACCACGGCAAUCCAGAGAGCGAAGUCAAGAGUGCAAAGUGAAGCUGAAGGCAGUGCAGACUCAUUUCAAACCGAGACUGCAAGAGUAACUCAGCAAGUCCUUCACGCUGGUUCAAGGAACUCAAAAAACUGCUUUCCAGGGUUCCAACAUUGCCAUUUGCCAACGGAAGACAACAAUCAAGAGGACAAGCAGCUGACUCUGGAAGUGCUGCAGGAAAUGAUUGAUGACAUUGACCAGGAGAUGAGGGAAUUGCAACGCCAGACGGGACGCAAAGUUAUGGGCUGGUUGCCACAGAAAGGCCGUAGCCUAACAGGUUUCACCUUCUCCUUGGUCAGCUUGAUAAGCCAACUGACCCACUAUCUAAAGGAGAAUGAAAUUCAACAGCAGCAAGAGAAAGAACACCAACAGCAACUUGUGGAAAACUCCACAGAACAGCGAACACUGAUUGAUGCAUUGACUGCAGAAUUUCUAACAAUGCAAAAUGAAAUUAUUUCUAUGCGGACUACCAUGCAUCAUUAUAUGAUGAAAACAGAUGAAGAACUUCACGUAAUGAAACAAAUGUUGCAUGGAUCUUUGGAAGCAGAAGUAAACAAACCGAAGCCAAGAGAAAACAUUGAUCCUUGCAAAGUUGGUGAGGCAGCACUGGGAGGAGGGAGUUUACAUACUUGUAUUUACUCUGGCAGACAAGAUAACAUGAAUGCCCCUAUUACAAGGGCUGCACCAAAUCCUGGAGACGAACUUUCAGAAAACCUGGACAAAAGACUGCCCUUUAUCAAUCAGCACAGGGAGAUUGUGUUAGAGGGAGCUGGAAGAGGUCAGUGUUUACCUGAGCAUUUAUUUGGCUCUGCUGUAUUGCUUUCUCCCCCAAGACAGAGAAACAGUCAUAUAGCCAUCAGAUCACAAACUACUGCCAGUUUGUUUCAAGAAGGACCCCUGACUGAUAAUGUAUACCUGAAAUCAAAUUGUGCUCAUCCCUCGCAAAUUGAUAAGGAAGCUCGGACAUCUGUUGAACUGCAAAGAGAAAACAACUUUAUACAAUAUGUAGGAAUGCCAAACCAGCUGCAAGGCCAACAGGAUUUUGCCCAGCAGUGCAAUUUUAGUAAUGCUAAUGAAGGACAAAGGAACUUGACUUCUGUUUUGUCUGUUAGUAAUUCAUCUGAAAUGCAACAACCAGGAACUGUUGAUGCAGCAACAGAUACUCUGGGAGCAAAGGAGAACAAGAUGGAAGCUGAAACUGCAGACAAAUGGCUUAAACAUGAGGCAAUGCUUGCUCAAAUGACUGAGCUCCAAUUGCAGAAUUCAACUCUCAAAGCCCAACUUAGCCAAUUCAAUAUUGAUAAAUUACCUAAUUCUGCACCACAGAUUGAAAGGUUUGUGCCCAGACCUUGUGAUAGCCUUCAGCAGAGGAUCAAUGAGCUCAACUACCAGAGUGCUGAAGCUCGCAGCAAACUUCUGAAAUUGAUUGAACAGCAGAGACAAAUUUCUGGUGAUUCUGCCUCACCACCCAUUUCUCCUAUUCCAGCAGAAGGUAUAUGGACAGAAACUGGCAGAAAAUCACUGGAUGUGUUGAUCCCUUUGCCCAAUGGUUUGGACUUUUCCUCAGAGAGCACACCUUGUCCUGCCAGUGAAAUAAACAGCAAUAGAUCAACAGAUAAUGCCAGUAGAAAUAGUUCCUCACUUCAUCUGGACAAAGGUGAUGGGAAUAGAACAUCGAUUACUCAAAGAUUGAAGCCAGAGAGAUUAAAAAAACAAGGUUCGCUGGAUAAUUUGGCAACAGUACUUUCUACCCACACAUCCAAGUCAUUAGUAUAGAUUGGAAGUAGUUGUGACUCAAGGACUGAACCCUCUGGCACCCAGUGACUUUUAACCACCAACCUUGCGACACGAACUACUCAA